GUGGACUUACAAACUUAUUCUCAUGGCGACCCUAGUUUAGAACGGAUUUUGUGUACCUCCUGGAACUUUAUUUAUUCUUAUAUCCGCGUUAAUUUCUACCGGGAUAUUUUAUUAGACUUUACAUUUUUUGUUUUCAACCGUCCGUACUUCCGCAAAAUGUUAUUGUGUUAAAAUGUGCUGUGUUUAUGUUUUGAGUUCAAAAAUAACACUAGGAUUUUCAAUAGAAAGGAGAAGCAUAUUAUAUAAAAAGUAGUUGGGAUCACUGUGCAACUGUACAUGAUGCAAGUGUAACACACUGUAAAUCUCAUCAUGUAGAACAAAAGAAGAAAAUGCCUAUGGCCUGAAAGUUCUCAUUGAUGGUUGAUGAUGUAUAGGUGACCACCAAUGGAGUUCCACAGAUGGGUGCUGGUGUAUCAGGAAUUCUCUAGCAGAUGCUUGGGAUUGAAAUUAGGACUCACCAUGAAGUAUUCACACUCCAAAAUUAAGGGAACAAGCUUUAACGAACCAACGACGAAGAAGGGGCUAACCAUCAGUUGGCCCUGUUCAACAUGAACGAACGCGAAAAGAACAAAGGUUCCAGCGCAAAGCAAGUGAGUCAUGAGGCCUAUUUCGACCAUAAGUGUCCUCGUCCUCCAGUUCCAGGGGAGGAAAGAAGUCAUUUCACUUCGGAUUGGGACCCGCCGCAGCAACAUGAGGGAUGGGCAAAGCCUAGAGCUCCAUCCCCUCCGAUUCCUGUUAGGAAACAUUGCAGCUAUACGAAUGAUGGAAGUUUGGCGUACGUCGAAGGCGCCGCGUCUGCGUCCAUGGCGUCGACGUCACUGGGCGCCGGUGCUGCCCCCUGUUAUUCCCCUCCCUCCGCAUGUUUGCGCUGGACGUACUCCUUGCGGCACCUCCUCCAAGACCCCGAUGGGGUCCGCCUCUUCCAGCAGUAUCUCGCCUCCGAGGGACGCAGGCAUUCCGAUGCGCUCGACUUCUGGUUCGCCUGCGAGGGACUGCGCAAGCAAACUGCAAAGGAGAAGAUACAGCAGCUAGUUAAGGUUAUUUAUAAGAAAUUCUUCGUGAAAUCAGCUCUUCCAAUUGACGAGGAAUUACGGAAAGAUAUUGGAAGAAGUAUUAAAUUUUCUCAGUGCCUUGAACCUCCAGUAACGUUGUUUGACAAGGCCCAGGCCAAAGUCGAACAGCUAAUUGAUGAGACUACCUACCCAAACUUCCUCAAAAGUGAUACGUACCUGCAAUAUUUAGAGAAUGUUCAAAACCAUAGUAGCAGUAGUAGUAGCGACUAUAGUAAUGAAUUAUCUAACUUGGCGAACGGACCAGAUCCUCUUCCAACGUUACACGAAGAUAUGGAGCUGAUAAUGAAUCCACCUGUUCAUAUGAGCCAUACUUCAGGUAGUCUGAGUACCGGCUACCACACGCCAAACGUUGGCGCGGGAUCUUCAACUCGCUUGACAAAAGAACUCUUGCUGAUGUCUCAGAAACACAGAGCUCUAGAUGUAAGGCCUAAAUCAGAAACAUUUGCUAGUAUGUUUAUGUACCGCCCCAACACUACCGGAGCUCACGCAGCUUACAACUCCUACAACCCUGUGUCCAGGCAAGAUAGCGAACUGCACUCCCUUAGUAGUCACUCUGAUGCUAGGACCGAGUCGGAUAACAUGUCUAUGACAGAUAGCUCGCUCGAUGGAAGAUCUCUUGGGAGAACCACCCGACGCAAGGCUGUCAUAGAGGCUCGGAAGACUCGAGAAUAUGCGGCUCUGAACCAAGAGACGCACAUGCAUCAGAUUCUGAUCCCGCGCACUCAGAGGAUCGACACCAGGCAAUGCCAGCCAAUGGACAGAGACACCUUUGCUGCCAUUUUGAUCGAGAAACUCGAGGCUGUCAAGAGGGGCCAGGACCAACAGGAGCUGCUGGACAAGAAGCUGAGAGAGGGCGAAGCAAGAGGAUCUUACACAGAACUGCAAUCCAGAGAACUAGCGAACGCUAUUCGCGAAAAACUUCAAUUGGAAGACGAUAACGAUCAAGAUAUACUUGAUCAGCACGUGUCCAGAGUAUUUUCCGAUCUAACACCUGCAAGAUCUCCAGGGUUCUCAAGUCCAAGGGUUCGGUCGCCACCAAGAAACAGACAUGUACAGCCUUACUUGCGUUGCAGAAGAAAGGAUAAAGAUGGUUUUUCGACAUUCAGCAGUGAUUCUGGUAACGUCCAUGAUUUUGCAGAGGGCUCUGAACAUAAGAUGACCAUGGUGAAGUCAAAGAGCAUGCCUGAAUAUCCUGACGAUAGAUUCAUUAGAGGUGCUUGUGGAAGAAGAUCGUCAAAGAAAACGUUAACUGAACUGACGGAUAGUGGAGUGUCGGUGGUAUCCGACACUCCCCCGGUGCUUCCACCUGUCAAAGACAGUCGAGUGCUGGCAUGGCUCAUGGAUUCCGACAAGAGCGGCAGAGGCGCUAGCCACACGCACAGUGAAAUGUCGUUGAAGCACAGAAGCCACAGAACAAGCAGCGCAACCUCACCUAUAGCCAGCAGGCACAGGAAAGGGUUCAGCUCUAGAUCCAGUUCAGUUGAGAGGAAUAGUUGUAGUGGAGCUACUUUAGGCCCCGCUCAACCGUUCGUAGCCGACCCCAGUAUGCCGCCAUUGCCUUUGCCAAACACUGCGAUUCAGCUGGAAGAAGCCAGGCGCAGGUUAGAAGAUGACAUGAGGACCAAAAAACAGAGGUCGUCAUCGAGUAGGCAUCACCCCGACCUAGUCCAAAGCAGCCAGUCGACGUUGCGGAAAUCGAUGCGAACAAGUUCCAGCAGGCCUAGCGCAUCUCAGCAACCCGCUGACGAUGUCACCACGGUCGUGUUCAACUUCUGCGAAGAGCAGUUCCCUUACAGGACGAAAAUUCCAGGCACUCAGGUUACUUUAAGGCAGUUCAAGGAGUAUCUUCCGAAGAAAGGGAAUUAUAGGUUCUUUUUCAAGACCCUAUGCGAAGAACUUGGUAAUCAAGUAAUUCAAGAGGAAAUAAGUAAUGACGCAGACAUACUUCCGUUAUGGGAAGGGAAAAUCAUGGCGCAAGUGAAGCCAAUCGACUGAGUUUUUACGUUUAUAACGUAUUUUAAGAAAUUAGUGUCCAUGGUGGUCUGACUGUACUACAUUCUGUAAUGGAAACUACAUUUUAUACUGCGUAUACAUUAUAGACAGUUAAAUCGCAUACUUUUUGAUUUACAUGAUGCUCUAGAGAUGUGAUUUUUCACAAAAACAGGCAGAUGCCCUGAGAGGCAUAUAUAUUACAAAUAUACAUUUCCCUUAAGGACAUAAAUGAAAAUUAAUAGUAGUAACCACUUGAGGCUUCGAAUGGAACAAUUAGAUGGUUUUGGCAAUCACAAAUGCAUCAGAAACAUUAACGUUUCUUCUUUUUGUUUUUGACACUGGAUAAAUGUGUCAAAUGAUGUUAACAUUAUCGUUUAUGUAUGCGGUAUUUGAGAUUGCCAAAAACUCAUUCAGAUCGUUAAGGAAGGACCAUAACCUAACGCAAUAUCGUUAAUUUUUUGUAUAAAGUGUUAGUAAUUCAUGGAACUUUUUAUUUUUUUUGUGUUCUAUAAGAAUCCUGCUGAACUGCCCACAUAUUCUGGAACUCCUCUAUACGGGAAAUUUUUGAUAUCUACUGCAUCGUUUCCAAAAGUAGACUUCUAUUUCUAAAAAGUUUCAUUGAGUUGAAAAUUUGUCAUUGAGCCUAAUUAACAUCUAAAUUGUAAGCUUCCAUUACAAAAAUUAGUUUCUUGUAAUAUAUGUUGUACCGUGGACACUAAAUUAAUAACGAAUCUUCAACAGCCUGUAUUUAAAAUGUAAUUAGAUUUUUUAUUCUAUAACAUAAUUUAUUUUUUGUUGUUAAUAUUUUUUGUGUUUUUAUAAAUCAAAAUACGAGUCGCCCAGGUAGUAGUUGUACUAGUAUUUUAAGAUAUAUUAUGCAUCACAGUCAAAAAGAUGUUUCAUUAUUUUUGCAUAAUAAAAUAAUGACUGAGAUUGGUAGAAUGGCUUAGUUGUGCUUUUUUGUUGUUUUUCCAAACUUGGGAAACUGCCAUUAGAAAUUAAUCAUAUCUCUUCCUAGUGGGGAGCCAACAAUAAACCAUUUUAAUAACAAGAUCAUCAGUUUAUUGAACGGUUAACAUCUACACUUACCUCAAAUCAUGAAAGUUUUCGUUAAUUAAAUGACCAUCUUAUAAAUUGAUAAAUAUAAUUGUUUAUACAGCGUGUCCCAACCGCACGAGGACGGAAUAUUGCUCCUCAACAAAAACUAUCCAAAUAAGACUAUAUGAGGCCAUUAUUUGCAAAACUGGCGAUUUGGUCGAAAGACAAUUUUUGGGAAAUCGAAAAUACCAACAACCGUCGAAUAGUGUUUACUGGCAAUGUGAAGAAUUUUAUUAAUUACUUGUUUUUAUGAAUGGGAAUUAGGGGUUUCUAGCCUAACAUAUUUAUAGAUUUUUGCUUCAAAUAACCAGAUUAAUUAGUUUAAUAGCAGACGUAGGGAAUUUUAUUUAUGAAAAUGAAACUUUAACAUUUGAAUAAUAAGAAGAAAUCUCAAAAGAUUCAUGCUCAAACGAAAAGCAGUCAUUCUUGGAAUUUUGGCAAUUUUCAAAACGAUCAACGGUUUCUUCUGGUGAGGCAGAAUCCGUCUUCAAGUGUUCUUUGUAAAAAUUCCUUCUCCAAUUUGAUGUGUAGUGUUUGGAAAGGAUAAAAUUAAUAGUUGAUUUAUCCCCCUUUAUUUCUUUUCCCAGUGGUAAUUUCUCAGGAGCCAUUGAAGAAAGGGAAAAAGUUUUUCUUAGAAAUGCUUUUAGCUUUUCCAACGUCACUGCAGUAACUGGUCUCGCCUUUAACUCACCUUUAACAUUUUGUCUUUUUUGUAAAAAAUAAACCGCUUUGCCUUAUUGAACUCAAAGUGCCAUGAACUGCAAUAUCUAUUGCCUCUUCCACAAUGUAACCCCGUUUUUCGUCGAUGUAAAGACGAAGUGCCUCUAUUUUUGUAGCCGUUUCGUCAACAGUCAAGCCUUUACUUUGCAAUGCAAUCUGUACAAUUUUAUUAUGUUUGUACAUUGUCCUUAAAGUUGCGUCACCAGGUUGGUGUCACCCCAAAAAAGGUGACACCCGGUGCAGAUCGUCGCCCCCUCCUCGCUACGCCACUGCGGCAUAAGUAAGUUAUAUCAAUUUUAUUCUUCUAAAAGAGCCUAUUCGAAUGUGUAAUAAAAAGUAGGGCACUCCAUUUAAGAAAAAUCUACUUUGAUAUGUGGGUCCAAAUUAGGACACCCUGUAUAAUUGUGAGUAUUUUAAAAAUAUGCCUCCAAAUACCAUAUAUACAUAUAUAAUAAUCUAUAAAUAGUUUUCUUUGAUAACUUUUUGUUUAGGAGCAAUACUCUGUCUUGCAUGGUUGGGAGUAUAUGAGUAUAUGGUAAGCUUUCCGCCUAAAAUAAACUGAUGAUCUAAUUGUUAACGACUGAGUAUACUAAUACUUACUGUUUCACAAAUAUGCAUAAAAAACUUGAAGAUGUGCUUCAUAAAUAAACCAAGAUACGUUUUUGGAAAAAGGCGGAAUAGGAAUUAUUUGCUGUACUUAAUAAAAUUUUGCUAUUAGGCGAAUCAAUGGAGGUUUUCAAUUUGAACAUUUUAUUUUACUAAUUGGAGUUUAUCCUGCAAAUAUAUUCCCGAAGCAAUAAUUAAAUCAGUUUGACAGUGUCAUACUCAACUUAAUUGUCCUCUAUAAACGUUCGCGAUAUGGCAUUUUAAAAUGAGAACUGAAAAAUAUACCAUAUCUUCCAGCAAACAAGGUGUCACUGUCUAUAAGAAACAAGUGCCUUCACUCAAAAAACAAAGGACAAUUAUUGUUUUACAGGCUAUGAAAACUUGUGCAGGUUCCACAGAAGAUCGUAUUUCUUGUGUAUUUGAAACUAAAAAAUAAGAUCACAGUAGUUGAAGACGUAAUUAUUGAUGAUGCACUUAAGGUUAAUUUUCUUAAAAACCGUAGCCUUAAUAUUUAUUAUAUGAAGCCUCAUAACUAUUACAGA